CCCAGCCAUGGAAGGAACCAGUGUCAAUAAAGGUAAUGGCGACUUCCAUUGCGAGCAUGGAUGCUAGUGGUAACUUUGCACCUCCUGAGAUCCACAUCUCCGAGCCACCCGAAGAGAAGGAUUAUGAUGACGAUCACGAUUUUAAUGACAUCAUAGCUGAAGAUGACACGCCAGAGGCAAAAGGAGAUAACUCUGCUUGUGAGGCAGUCAACUACAAGGUUUCUAUGGAUGAGUUUCAGAAGGUUGAUGUCUUUAAGUCACCUUCUGCCCUCACCAAGAUUGCUGAACCUCCACCAUCCUCUACUAGUGGUAUUGAGGAUGAUAUAGAUGGAUCCAUGCAGAAUGAGACUGCUGAGGCGGAAGAACAUGUCCCUGAGGAACCUACAGAGACUGACCAAUCUCAGCCAUCCAAUCAAAGUUCAUUGACCCACAACCAGUCUGUUGAAGGGAAUGUCCAGUCUGGUGAUCCUAUCUUAGUGAAUGGAACCAGUCAAGCCAAUAGAGAUGGAGGACAUAAUGGGGUGACCACUCUAUCAUCAGAGGACAUUCUCAAGGCAGAGAUGAUAAGGACUGCAGCCCCUGAGCCCUCGGAACAGCUUCAAAGAGCCCAAGCCGAGUGGGAUGCUGUCGAGACCAUUCAACCUGGAGCCGUUUCACCAGGUAAACACAGCGGAGUCAGGAAGCAACCUCUAGUAUCAUUCAAUGAAGCACUGGGAUUCUUUCAAACCUGCAAUAUGGAGAAAUAUAUGAGUGGGAUAAAACCUUGUAUCCAGAGAUCAGGGUUUGCCGCUCUCAAGCAUCUCGUCUUAGGACCACCGAAGAUGAACAAAGGUUUGCUCGAUGAGAGGAACUUAGUCUUUGCUAUUGCACAGUAUCCAUUUGACGAUGAAGAAGACAUUCAUAAGCGUGUGCUUCAGACCGUCUACAAGCAGCUUACAGGAAGUGCGAUAGACUGUCCGAGGUUUGGAUCCCAUUGGGAACAAAUAGGUUUCCAAGGAACGGAUCCAUCAACCGACCUAAGGGCGUGUGGUUUCCUAGGUCUGCUCACCUUACUUGAUUUUCUCAUGGACUCUCAGAAGUUAGCCCUAGCCAAAGAUAUCUACAGACUAUCACAGCAUGAAACACAGAAUUUUCCUUUCUGUGUGAUGUCCAUAAAUAUGACAAGGAUAGCAUUGCAGACGUUACGAGAAGAAUGUUUAUCAAGAGAAUGCAACAGACGGAAGCAAGUCUUUGGUGUUAUUAAUGAUUUUUAUGCGAGCUUAUUUUUACAACUCUAUCAGACCUGGAAACAGCAGAGAAAAACCAUUCAUGAUUCAGGUUUUGUCAUCAAAGAAUUGGAGGCAAGCUGUAAGAAGAAUCCUCGGAAUUUGAUGCGUAACCUUGAAAUGUACCUCGCAGAGAGGUCAUCACGAGGGGGAGACAUGUCACCGAGGUCAGGGGUCGCCUCAUCACCUGGGAAAGAUAAAGCAAUCAUGGACUUUGCUGGUGUGCAUGAGCUCGAGGACAAAGAAGGCUGAAAGUUAGAAAAUGACAGAAGAAAUGAAAGACAACUUUGAUUGAUUUUUUUGCAAUCAUGACAGCUUUUAUCUGAAUGUCCAGCUGCCAAAGUAUUCUAUUUGUGAUGAUCAUGCUAUGAAUGAAGCCUUGGGAGGAAAUGUAUGUGAGUUGGUUCCACCAAAGUGAGGUGUCUGAUGGGUUGCCUUCUUCAGAAUUAGCUGAAGUCUUUGCUGUCUAUCUACAUGGAGUGAGAGUGGUUAGAGGAGCUCGUGACCUUGACAACAUGAACUUGUAAUGAUUGAUUGAUUGAUUUUUACUCUUACUUCAAAGCCAAAGAAACAAUAGCUCAGUCAAGCCUGUAUAAAGCAUACAAUUCCAUAGUUCAUGACAAGUCUUCUUUUUUAUUGAUUACUGUUUGCAAAGGUCAAUUGUUAUUUUACUAGAGCAAAAUCUGUGCUUUGUUAUACUGUGAAGAAGUUUGUCUGUAAUAAAAUCUCUUAAGUCAGCAUGAAAGUAAACGAUUUACCUCUUGAAUUUGAAAAUGCACAUCUCUGAACACAUGAUGGCUUGGGACAGUAUUAGCAACACACUACUGAAUGACUGACUUUAAUGGGAAACAUAAACUGAUUGACUUUUGGUGGCAUUUGUAUUCAAAUAUGCAUCUCUUAUUCAAUUCAUCAAAUCUUCAUGAACUGCCAGAUAAUGGGAAUCUCCCAUGUAAAGAGUAUUCAUGUUAAGCUAUUGGAGACUGAUCCUGCCCAUAUGCUUCUAUGGAAAGCUUGUGUUAUACUGAAACCAUUCAGUUUCUAAUAGGCUAAGAUCUGUAUUUAAAUACACUCAACCAUGUGUAUUAAGUUGAAUCUGUUGAGAUCAAAGAAAAUGCUUUGGCUACAUAGAUAAAUCAUUGUACAAGGGAUAAAAAUUGAUUGAAAAUAACGGAAAAGACCUUUGACUUGGCCGAUUAUUUGACUUGUGUGAGUUUGACACAGGAAAGGGUGAAUGUCUACUACUACAAGGUUUAAAGAAUCAUCCAUGGGUGCUUGAUUUAUUGGAAGAUUAUGAUUGCCUCUUAUAAUUCAUUAUGAAUUAAUCUAUAAAACAGUUAACAGAGUGUCCCAGUCAUUCAAUGUAUUAGUGAGGUUUACCAAACAGAAUUCAUGUACAUCUCCACUCCGUAGGAGGUAAUAUGGUGAUUAGUUUAUGUCUAUACAGUGUAACAAUCUCUGAUGAUGGAAAAUUAUGAACAAGUGUUUUUUUUUCUGAUACCUCUACUAAAUAAGAUCAAAAUUAUUGCAUGUUCGGACUCUAGAGGGUGUUGCAUUUAUAUUUGUCGUGGGACAAAUCAAUGGUUAGCUCAGACAGUUUUCCUUGAUUCUGAUUGGCUAAGAAGCAUAGGUGUUUAAAUGUUUGAAUUUGUGGUUAGGUCUUUAUAUAAAAUGCUCUAGAGAUGCCCAAGAAUCGUGGAAGAUAAUUGUAAAGAUUAAAUGACAAAAUCAAGACCCUGGGUCCCGUUGCGUAAAAGUUACUAUUAUGGUAAUUUUGCCGUCCAAUCCAAUGGUAACUACCAUGGUAACAGAGCUCGUCAGCCAAUCAAAAUCAAGGAUUCCAUGAACGAUGCCAAUGGACGGCAAAUUUGCCAUAUUGGUAACCUAUGAUGGGGAUUUUUUUAGAAGAUAUGACAGGAUAUUCAACUUUUGUCUCAUGAUGGAUGUUUUCUAUGGGGGCGAUUGCUAGUCAAUUUUAGAAUCCAAUAUUAGUCAUAAUUUUUUACAAUUUACUGUGAAUUAGCAAUAUCGGUGCUGUUUGCUUCUUCAAAAUUAAUACAAUUGAUCAAUGACUUGCAAAUAUUGGCAAUUGAUCUCUGAUAAUUGUAUUGUGACACCUUGGUAGAUAUACUCAGUGUGAGGUCACAUUUGGAUUUCAGAACUUUUUAGAGCGUUGUCACCACCUCAAUAUUAGAGUCAACUUAUGCUUGUAAAUGAUUGUGAUUUUGAAAAAUUCUGUGCUUGCAAUGGCCACAUUGUAGUAACACUUUUACCUCAGUCACAUUUGCUAUACGGCAGUUGUAUAGUGAGUUGAAAAAGCUGUUUUAUUCAUUUUUAUUCAAACCACCUAUACAUAAAUAUGUAGCUACUACAAAAAAUGUUAAAACGGCUGUUUUUGACUUGCCUUACAGCAGCCUUAGGGCAAAUUUGACAGAGGUAUUCUGACAGAAGGCCAGUCCAACUGGCUGAUGGACGCAAAGCAUAUGCAUUAGGGACACAGCCAACGAGCGACCUUUUUGGGGUGGCUCCAUCCGUUUUCAUCUGCUCAAGAAAUCAACAAAAUAUGCUUGAUGGAUAGAGCGUAUGGAACACGUAUGCAAUGAGUACACAACAGAUGCAUAGCGUUUUCCAACGGAUGGCAAGAUUUUUCUACAUUCUAGUCUACAUCCUCUUUGCAUCUGUUAUUGCACAAGUAUGCAAUGAGCACACAAAGGAUGCAUAGCGUUUUCCAACAGAUGGCAAGAUUUUUCUGAUUUUACAUCCUCUUUGCAUUUGUAAUUGUGUUGUGUUGGGGUUGGAUCGAUUGCACUUUUGCUUUCAACCAGACUUAAUAAGAGGCAAAUCAAUGCAAGAUGUAGAGUUCAUAUAUAUUUAUUGAAGAUGAUAACUUGAUGAUGAUAAAUACAAAUAAUACAGGAACAUGAGUAAGUCUGAUUGUGACUGUACUCUCUAAACUCCAUUCUCUAAUCUAUCUGUAUGCUGGAACAAUCUCUAAAGUAAUCUGCAACCAAUCUAACAAUCUAUAACCAAUCUGCAUUCUCUGAAGUAAUCUCUAACAAUCUCUGAAGUAAUCUAUAACCAAUCUGAUUUGGGCUCAGAAGUGAACCCCUUUUAUAUUGGUAUGGUCUAGACUCUUUACGAUCAAACAGGUGUUGGUCAACCUUGGACGUUUGACCAAAACAAUCUGUACGUCAUAACUUUACUCUGAAUUGGGGGAGUUGACCUUUUUAGGGAGAACAUGAAAUGUAGCGGAUAAGAAACCCAUAAAAUGUGUGUGCGUCAGAAGUUUAGCUGGAAGAAGAAUGAGUAAUACUUUCUAAUGAAAGUUGGAGCUGGUAUACUUCCUGUAGAAGUUUUGAUUAAGUAUUGAACAUGUAUUGAUAUAGUAUGGAAUAUGUGAGAUAUGUCUUAUCACAUAACAAUUGCACUGGAACCAGGCCAAAUAGCUCAUUUGAAAAUCUAAACCUUGUCAGACAUAACGUGACCCUGUUCCUCAUCCUUGCAUUAUUCUAAGACCUGGGGAGUGUUUCACAAAGUUUUAAGUAAGUAUGACUUAAGUCGCACUUAAAUAUCGAGUUGCGUACGGUAUGAA